UAUUAGAAAAUAUAGAAUAAAUCAUGGUAUCACUCAUUGCUGUGUGAGAAUGGAUGCAUGUGUCGUGUCAUUUUGCGUAUGUUCACGUUUCCAUUUAAGGAUGCACCAAUCUGACCUUUUCAUUCCUGAUACCUGAGAUUUGGGCUUAUCAGCCGAUUAUUACCGUUCCAAUGCGAUUCUUCUAUUAUUUUUAAUAGCCCCCGUUUCAUAAAGGGGGCCUACUGAGAAGCGUUUAGCUGGCUUUAGGUCGGGAGAUGUAGAUAAACUGUGACAUCUAAUAAAAGCACUGCAGAAAUGACAUUUAUUAAUAUAUUCAGACAGCCUAUAAACCAUCUCUUAGAAUGUUUUUCAAGGUAGACUUGAUCGAGACAUACUAUUAAAGAUGGCAGAAUUUAAUAGAGUUAUAAUCACAUCUGUAUAAAAUAUAAUUUAAAAAAUAAAGCACAUGACCACAAUAAUAUCAAGUGUUUAGAUAAGGCAGAGAGUUGUUUAACUGAUGCCCAUAUCUCUGUCAAACACAUCAAUUAGUUGUAAUGGGUAGUAUCAUCGUGAGUUGUUUACUUCUGGAUUUUGUGAUUCAUAAUGUUUUGGACUUUUUGUUUUUUUGUGUGUAUUCUUUAACCUUCUCUGUCAUCAGCAGUGGUGGAAAGUGAGUAGAACUGAAAAGUAUACGUACCCAAGUUUAGCCCACUUAAGUAGAUCCAUUUAAUGUAACUGUAUACCUCUACUCAGAUUACUAAAAUAUAACCAACAAAUGUAAAGAUAUUUCAUCAUAGAUUAAGCAACACAGCAGGAUAUUAAAUUGCCACGCAUUACAUCAUCUAUCAAUGAUCGCAAUCCAAUCAUUUAAAAAACAUUACUCUGAAAAGGGUUCAUUCUGCACAAUUUAAGCAUAUCAUUAAGUUAAUAUUUACCUUCGCAUUGAAAAUGCGGAAGGUUAUGUUUUGAUCGCCGUGUAUUUAUUUAUAUAUUUGUAUGCGUGUUACUCGCAUAACUCAAAAAGUAUUAAACCGAAUCGCAUGAAAUUUGUUGGGAUGAUUGGUUAUUAUCCGGGGACCAUUUGAUUAGAUUUUGGGAUCGAUCGGGUCAAAGGUCAAGGUCAUGGAAAGGUCAACAUCUUCAUUUUACCAUAGCGCGGUCAAUUUUUAUCCAAUUGGCAUGCAACUAAUGCCAACAUGUUCAUAAUUCAAUGCCCAAUAUUGUGAUAUGCGAAGGUAUGCGCUCUACCGAGUGCCCGUUCUAGUUUGUGUAUACUUUGAUCUGGAACACAGUAUUUCUAACCUGUGAUACCAGAAACAAAUGUUCAAGGCCACAGAUUAGAGACUGCAUUCAUAAAACAAUACAAUAAACUUAAACUAAGUGUGAGAUACGCACAUCUCUGGCACUGAGAGCCCGACGUGUACCAGCUUGUUUGGGCCCAGUUAAUCCGGUCUGGGAACCAGGUGUCAAACACAAUUACGAGGCGACGUUCACGACUCUCCUCCUUCGAGGCUUCGCUCCGGGUUUUCUCGCCCACCUCACGGACUGCAGGCAUUCCCGACAGCAAAGAUGGCGGCCGAGCGGCGUUGAGCCUUCUCCGUAAUGAGUUACCAAAUUUGGUACAUUUGUUGAGUUUUCUCCCGACUAAGGAAACCGAGUCCACGCCGAUAAACUCGUCUCUUGAAAGAGAUGUUGUGAGCCCGAAAAAUAAUCCCGAUAGUUAUUUUCUUCUUCCUCUCCGUUGUAGCGCUGGGUGCUUGUCGCCGGAGCUAACUAGCCCGUACGUACUGUCGUUGUAAAAUGGCUCCGGUGCAGUUUGGGUCCGACGGGCAGCUCGUCCCGCUCGGGGGUCCGGUCGUCUCGGGUCUGCAGCCGCCGCCGCCCGGGACGCCGGCCACGCAGGGGGUCCGGCUCAGCCUGCUGAUUGAAUUUCUUCUCCAGAGGACCUACCACGAAAUUACGCUUCUGGCAGAACUGCUUCCCAGGAAAACUGACAUGGAGAGGAAAAUUGAGAUCGUCCAGUUUGCCAGCCGCACCAGGCAGCUGUUUGUGCGUCUGCUGUCCCUCGUGAAGUGGGCCAGCAAUGCAGGGAAAGUGGAGAAAUGUGCGAUGAUUUCCAGCUUUCUGGAUCAGCAGACCAUCCUGUUCGUGGAUACGGCCGACAGGCUGGCGUCGCUGGCCCGAGAUGCCCUGGUGCACGCUCGUCUGCCCAGCUUCGCCAUCCCCUUCGCCAUCGAUGUUCUCACCACGGGGACGUACCCACGCUUACCCACGUGCAUACGAGACAAGAUCAUUCCUCCAGACCCCAUCACGAAGGUGGAGAAGCAGACCACCCUGAGCCAGCUUAAUCAGAUUCUGAGACACCGCCUCGUCACCACAGAUUUACCACCCCAGCUAGCAAACCUCACAGUCGCGAAUGGGCGUGUAAAGUUCCGCGUGGAAGGAGAGUUUGAGGCCACCUUGACGGUGAUGGGAGACGACCCCGACAUCCCCUGGAGACUUCUGAAGUUGGAGAUUCUGGUUGAGGACAAAGAAACUGGAGACGGCCGCGCCCUGGUCCACAGUUUGCAGGUGAACUUCAUCCACGAGUUGGUCCAGGCACGUCUAUGUGCGGAUGAAAAACCCCUCCAGGACAUGUACAACUGUUUGCACUCCUUCUGCCUGUCCCUGCAGCUGGAGGUGCUCCACUCGCAGACCCUGAUGUUGAUCAGAGAGCGAUGGGGAGACCUGGUGCAGGAGGAGAGAUACAUGCCCGCAAAAUACCUCACGCUGACCGUCUGGAACCAACAGGUGUUGGGGAGGAAAACGGGUACAGCCUCAGUGCAUAAAGUCACGGUCAAGAUCGACGAAUCGGAUGGAUCCAAGCCAUUACAAAUAUCUCACGAGCCUCCGCUCCCUGCCUGCGACCCCAAAUUAAUGGAGAGAGCCAUGAAGAUUGAGCAUCUGUCGGUGGAGAAGCUUCUGAUCGACAGUGUGCAUGCGCGGUCCAAUCAGAAGCUCCAGGAGCUGAAGGCCAUUCUGAAGACCAACAAUUCCAACGACAAAUCGUUCAUCGAAACUGCUCUGCCCACCCUCGUUAUUCCGAUUCUCGAGCCCUGCGGUCGCUCGGAGUGCUUACACAUUUUUGUAGACCUGCAUUCUGGCAUGUUCCAACCCAUGCUGUAUGGAUUAGAUCAGUCCAUGCUGGACGACAUUGAAAAGACCGUUAACGAUGAUAUGAAGCGCAUCAUAUCCUGGCUUCAACAACUGAAGUUCUGGUUGGGGGAGCAGCGCUGUCGGCAGUCCGUGAAACACCUUCCCACCGUGUGCACCGACGUCCUUCACCUGUCCAACUCGGCUACCCAUCCCGUCGGCGGCCUGUCCAAACACAAACUCUUCAUCAAGCUCACGCGUCUUCCGCAGUAUUACAUUGUGGUGGAAAUGCUAGCAGUGCCGAGCAGCCCCACAGCGAUGCAGUACAAGUACUCGUUCCUGUCCGUUUCCCACCUGGAAGGAGACGAAGGACCCAUGUGCGCUCAGCUCCUGCAGCACUUCAAACCCAACCUGGAGCACCUCGUUCAGGACACGACGGGGAGAGGGGCCCGACCCGGCACGAAGAGAAAGGUAACCGGGGAUCAGGCGGAACCAGAGCCGAAGAAGCCAAAGCGCUCUGGAGAAAUGUGUGCCUUCAACAAAGAGCUGGCUCACCUCGUGGCGAUGUGCGACACCAACAUGCCCUUCACUGGCCUCAGGACGGAGCUGUCCAACAUGGAGAUCCCAAACCAGGGCGUCCAAGUGGAGGGAGAUGGCAGCAGUCAUGCGAUACGUCUGCUAAAGAUUCCUCCUUGUAAAGAUGUCGGAGAGGAGACCAGGAGGGCGCUGGAGAGGUCCCUGCUGGACUGCACCUUCCGGCUGCAGGGCAGGAACAACCGAACCUGGGUGGCCGAACUGAUGCUGGCCAACUGCCCUCUCAACAGCACCCACAGCAAGGAGCAAGCCUCCACCCGACAUGUGUAUCUGACCUACGAGAACCCUCUGUCGGAGCCAGUGGGCGGCCGCAAGGUGGUGGAGAUGUUCCUCAACGACUGGAACGCCAUCAGCCAGCUCUACCAGUGCGUCCUCAACUUCUCUCGAACGCUGCCAGAGAUGCCAUCUUACCUGAGCCUGUUUUCAGAGGUGCGGCUGUACAACUACCGCAAGCUGGUGCUGUGCUACGGCACCACCAAGGGCAGCUCCGUCACCAUCCAGUGGAACUCCAACAGCCAGCGGUUCCACCUGGCCCUCGGCACCGUGGGGCCCAACUCCGGCUGCUCCAACUGCCACAACAUCAUUCUCCAUCAGCUGCAGGAGAUGUUCAACAAGAGUCCCAACGUGAUGAUGCUGCUGCAGGUGCUCUCGGACACGCAGGCCCCUCUGAACGCGAUCAACAAGCUCCCCACGGUGCCCAUGCUGGGCCUGACCCAGCGCACCAACACCGCCUACCAGUGCUUCUCCAUCUUGCCCCAGUCGCCCACGCACAUCCGCCUGGCGUUCAGGAACAUGUACUGCAUCGACAUCUACUGCCGCAGCCGCGGCGUGGUGGCCAUCAGAGACGGAGCCUACAGUCUUUUCGACAACACCAAGAUCGUCGAGGGCUUCUACCCUGCUCCCGGACUCAAGACAUUCCUGAAUAUGUUUGUAGACAGUAACCAGGACGCUCGCCGGCGCUCCGUCAACGAGGACGAUAACCCGCCCUCGCCGGUGGUCGCCGACGUGAUGGACAGUCAGCCGCAGCCGCAGACGAUGAGAGGCGGCGCGGGGGGCGUCUACCCGCCUCUCACCUCGCCGCCGCCAAAUUACCACGCCAACGUCACGCCAUCGCCGUCCAUGAUGCCCACCCAGUCGCCAGGGAACAUCCAUGCCUCUGGCUCCCCUAGUGGAGCUCUGAGGGCGCCUUCUCCUUUCGGCCCCACCCCAUCUCCGUCUUCUCUGGGCAUAGCCAUGGGCCCCACCAGCUUUGCCAGUCCCCACGGUGCUCUGGACCCCAGCUCGCCGUACGCCAUGGUGUCUCCCAGCCACAGGGGCCAGUGGCCAGGCUCACCCCAGGUGUCGGGGCCUUCUCCUGGGGCGAGGAUCCACGGCAUGUCCCCUGGGAACCCAUCGCUGAACUCGCCCAUCCCCGACCCUCAUUCUCCACGUGCCGGAACCAGUUCACAAGUCAUGCCGACCAGUAUGCCUCCCCCCCGCAAGCUACCUCAGCGCCCCUGGGCUGCCUCCAUUCCCACCGUCCUUACCCACAAUGCCUUGCACGUACUUCUGCUCCCGUCACCCACUCCCUGCCUGGUGCCGGGCCUGACGGGGAGCUACCUCUGCUCGCCGCUCGAGCGCUUCCUGGGGUCGGUCAUCAUGAGGCGGCACCUCCAGAGGAUCAUCCAGCAGGAGUCCAACUUGUCCAUCGUGAACUCCAAUGAGCCGGGCGUCAUAAUGUUCAAGACGGAUGUGCUCAAGUGCCGCGUGGCUCUCAACCCAAAGAACUACCAGACGCUGCAGCUCAAAGUCACUCCGGAAAAUGCAGGUCCCUGGUCCCAGGAGGAGUUCCAGGUGCUGGAGAAGUUCUUUGAGACGCGGGUUGCUGGUCCUCCCUUCAAAUACAACACUCUGAAUGCCUUCACCAAGCUGCUGGGGGCGCCCACCAACAUCCUGAGGGACUGUGUGCGCAUCAUGAAGCUCGAACUGUUCCCUGAACAGGCCGCUCAGCUGAAGUGGAACGUCCAGUUCUGCCUCACCAUCCCUCCCAGUGCCCCCCCCAUCGCUCCUCCUGGGACCAUCGCGGUGGUGCUCAAGUCCAAGAUGCUCUUCUUUUUGCAGCUGACUCAGCGUAUCCCAGCGGCCCAGGAGCCGGUGAGCAUCAUCGUGCCCAUCGUGUACGACAUGUCCACCGGCCUCACGCAGCAGGCCGACAUCCCCCGGCAGCACAGCUCCUCCGGCGCCGCGGCGCUCAUGGUCUCCAACAUCCUGAAGAGGUUCAACGAGAUGCACCCGGCCCGACAGGGCGAGUGUACGAUAUUCGCAUCCGUUCACGAGCUGAUGGCCAACCUCUCUCUACCCCCCGGCACCCGUCAGUAGAAAACGACGACGCGCUCGAGAGUCCCGGAAGUCCAGCGGAGUCCCCCUCGAGACCGAGGACCGGUCCACCUCCGAGCUGAGGAGAAAAAAGGAAAGCGACAGCCGUGAUCCCAAGAUGUCAAAAUCCAGCCCGUCUCUCUCUCUUUCCGCUUCAGCCACUGGACUCUUGAACCGACGGGAAGAUGCUCUUUUGAAAAUAAUUUAAAUAUGUACAGUUGUGGACCACAGUCUUUAUUCUUGAUAGGAGCUCACACAGAAGAUGUGCCGUUGAGCGAGAUCAUGACGAUGAACGGGGGAGGGGGGGGGGAUACAUGUUGUUUUUUUCCUCCAGGUGCACUUGUAAACAAGAUUAUCUAUUGAAAUUAAGGUUGUUUACGGACAUAUGUAUUAUAUUGUAUAUUUGAGUGUUGAACAGAAUCAGGUGAGUUAGAGUUUUUGCUAGAGAAGUCUUCAGGUUUUUUUUCGCCAGACUGAUAUUAUUUUAGUAUCAGGAUAGCACAUUAUUUAAAUGUUUUCUUUCCUUUAAUUUGCCAAUACCUCUGCAUUUUUAUUUCAAACUUUCACUUUGGAUACUGCAAAAACUGUGACAAACUUUAUACGCCAGUUGUAUUUUAUUAAGACCCAUUUUGAGUCCCGAUGGGGGGGAUUUGAGACUUCCUGUCUGACUUUGCUAUUUAAUAAACCGAGCCCGGAGUUGG